AUGCCGCCCAAGAAAGCUGCCAAACGCAAGGCGAGCGAUGAUGACAUAGCCGGUCGUAACGCGGCCACCGCCAAGAGAGUCGCGCUCGAAAAUGAGAAGUUCGUUACACGUAGAGAAUCACCCUAUGAGGCCAGAAUAGGCAUAAGAAACUUGUUCACCUCGGUCGUUGAGAAUGAUGCCAGCCAUCAGGACUCUGACGAAUCGGACUCUAGCGCAUCGGACCUUGACGACUUUGAGAUCGACGAUGGUUACGAGAAAGCGAUGAAGGUAGAAGAGGAGUAUGAGAGAAGCGUUGAGAAGGCGCAUAGAUAUCUAGCCAUCAAAUUCAACCGCGAAGAGGAAAUCCAAGCGGGUGAUGUGCGGGGCCAAUGGGACCUUUAUUCUCCCAACUUGUUGGAUCUUCGCGAGUCCGAGCACCGAGGAGAGAUACAUCAUCACUUUCAUCAAUGGAAAACAGGUAGUUUGGUCAUCGGAGAUCACACCAACAACACUGUGCUCUCUCCAACGGAUGUUACCGCGUCACUUUCUCUUACCGGCUUUGAGAACGAUUGGCACGUUUCUCUCGAUGUCCCGAAACUGGCGUCCUUGGACUUAGUACCUCUCACAGGUGUCCGCAAAAAUUACACAGGGUCCGGAAACGCGGAGGCGCGACUUGGCAUAUCGUUUCUCGGGAACGGCUAUUUGAAGAUGAGGAUACCAGGCAUAUACAACCGCGGAAAGAAGCAGUGGAGAAGACACAUCACGUUGUAUGGCGUGAAUCGGACGUUUCCUCCACGCGAAGAGGAGAGUCCGGAGCCUUUACCGCGAGAAGAAACCCUGCCACGAAUAGGGCUAGUACAGCCUGCGCCCGUAGAUGAGGAAUCCAAUCAACCUGUUGCUGGCCCUAGCGGAGAAGUCCUCUCUCAAGACGAGCAGCUUUUGAGGCGACGGCUAUUGGAAGACCUAGAUGACAGCUUGUUUGUGGACUGGCCCGAUGAAAAUUAG